UCUAUGUGCGCGCGCCUCGGAACGCAACAGCUGCACAGUGAGGGAGAGAUUCGCAAACACUGAGAGAGAGAGAGCGCAGCUUUUCUCUUUUUUGGGCCAGCUCUGCUAACAAUUGGCUAGCGCAGCCGCUAACCCAGAACACGACUUGAUUUCCGAAGAACUUACGCGUGUGUUUAACUCGCUGUGUGAUAUGGCUCUGUGUCUGCUCUAAUAGAGCGAGUGAAUACCUGGCGAAUAGUGAACAUUAUCGGUUCUGCCUGUCAGGACGUAAUUCCGUUGUGUGAAUCACGAGAUAUCUGAAGAGAUUUCGAGUGUGCACGCCUACCAGCGGCAAGCCUGAACUGCUUUGUGUGCAGCUCGUCAUGUUUUAUUGUAGGGGUACGGUGAAGCUCUUUGAGGACCCGUUUUUUUGGAAUUUCCUUUGAAAACCGCCUGUGUUUCCCCUGAAGAGUCGAGACGAUUAGAAAACUCUUUGUUGAUUUUUUUUUUUGUUGUCUUUCAACUACUUUUAGAUGAGAGUGACUCAUCUAAAUAGAUCCUAUAGUUUCCUGCCCUUUUUAUUAAGCUGACGGGGUUUGAUAAGGCCUGUCUUUUGUCAUGCCAACCCACCCACUCAUGCCGUAUGUGGAAAGUCCUGAUGGGCUAGGCCAUGAUAUCCUGAACCACAGUAGUGCUACUAUGCCUGGUUCUAGCUCGAGUAUGACCCCCCACAUCAGUUUAGCCGAGAAGACGGAUGCUCAGAUGGCGCAGAUGGCGCAGACGGCAGGCAGCUUGCCACUGGACUGCAUGUUCUGCGACCAGACCUUUCAGAAUGAGGAAGAGCUUCGACCACACCUCUUUGCACAGCACCAGACAACGCUGCACGCCCCAGCUGUGCUCAGGGUAGAGGCUGAGUUCUUAACCCCAGGAGAAAGAGCCUGCUCCAAGUCCUGCCUGCCCACAGAGCCUGAGGAACAACUGGACUGCGUAGUGUGUGGUCAGGCCACUGAAAGUGCAGCUGAGCUGGAGGCUCACAUGAGGAAGCACAAGGAUUCCUUCAUUUACAGCUGUAACAUGUGUGGGCGACGCUUUAAAGAGCCCUGGUUCUUGAAGAAUCACAUGAGAACACAUGGAAAAUCAGGGGGUAGAAGUAAGAACCAGGACACGGAAGCACCGGUCACCAUCAACGACGUCAUCCAAGAACAACCGCAGUCAAAUGCAGUCACCGCGUACAAAAUGUGCAUGGUGUGUGGAUUUUUCUUCCUCAACAAAGAGGUGCUAGCCGAGCACAGUAAAGUGCACAGUCGAGAAGCAGAGCUGAGUGAGGAGAACGUCUCUGCAGAAAGCGAGCCUGCUGUGGAGUCCCACGACAGUGAGUCCCACGACAGUGAGUCCCACGCCUCCAAAGACGGCUUCCUGCAGUACCUCCAGCUGCGUCCCGCGUCCAGUCAAGAAAGCGCUGUGCAAAACCAAAGCCAAUCAGGACGCUGGAUCUCGCAUCUCGACCCUUUCAACACCUACCAGGCCUGGCAGCUGGCCACUAAAGGCAAGAUAGCUGUGGGCCCCAAUCUGAACAAGGAGCUCAACAUAGACUCCAACUCCGACAACGACGAUUUCGGUUCCGACAAAGAAGAGCUCGGCUCUAUCUGGGACUCCAGCAACGGAGACAAGCCGGUAAGGAGGGGCCUUAGAAACGAGCUGAAGCCCAAAUUCAAUGGCCGGGAGACGCCCUCGCCGUUGCCGGAUCAGAAGAGUCUGAUACGUAAUAGUGGUCAUAAUAAUAUUAAUAAUAACAAGCCCACAGACUGUGAGGAGUGUGGAAAGACUUUCAGAACCUACCAUCAGCUGGUGCUUCACUCCAGAGUUCAUAAGAAAGAAAGGGGAGGAGCGGAGAGCCCCACGACUCCUGUGGAAGGGAGGGCUCAGAGCGUGGGCUCGUCUGGCAGUCCGUCUCUGGACCGAGUGGAGGACGGCUCUGAGGACGGAUUUGAAGAAGGAGUAGCUGGCGAAUCUUUUCAUUCAGAUAAAGGUGAAGGUGGCUCGCAUAAAAUGAAACUGAAAAUUCUUGCUCCAAGGAAGUGUUGUUACUGUGGAAAAACCUUUCGUUCCAACUAUUACCUCAAUAUUCAUCUCAGGACACAUACAGGUGAAAAGCCUUACAAAUGUGAUUACUGUGACUAUGCUGCAGCUCAGAAAACCUCUCUAAGGUAUCACCUGGACAGGCGUCACAAAGACAGGCCUUUUACUGAAAUCCCCAACAUCCCUACCAAGGGCCGAGAGUCUCCUAGAAACACUGAUGACAAGCAAGCUUCUAAACCACCUAAACAGUGGCCUGCUCCAAGCCCCGCCUCUGCCGUCGUCAAACAGGAAGUAGGGCCCGGCCAGCCAGGCGUCAUCACUACUGCCAGCUCUGUCAUCCGUGUCAAAGAGGAGUGUGGGAAUAUGUCCACUACAGCUCUUUAUACGCCUUCUCCUGGGGAGGCGCGUGUGAAAUGCCUUCUGCCGAACAGCUUUAAGACUGAGAGUAAAGAGUCUGCAGAUGCUGCACCGUUAAACCUUUCCUUUAAAGUGUCUUUAUCCAUCUCUGCUACCUCAGUGCCCAGGAACCUGCUCCCGACCAACUCCUGUAAGUCCUGCCCGUACGAAACCCUUUACCCUGAGGUUCUGCUCAUGCACAAGAAGCUCAUCCAUAAGGAGAACUUGGACAUGAAGAAGAAUGGCUACAGGCCUCCCCUCAAGCUGAAACGGUACACUGGAUGCCCUCCGGCUCUUGAGGGCAAAGAUGUCAGUCCUUUACCUCACAUCAACAGGAGACACCCUCGCCGGACCAAAUCACCACCACCACCACCCCAAGCUGGAAGAUCCGUGGAGAAAGUCCAGCCACAGAAACCUCCUCAGAUAUUGAAGGUGUCGCCUGCUAAAGAGCCAAGACGAGACCACCACCUGCAGGGAACCCAAAGAAUCAAGCUUCCCGAAGGAUCCAUUGCAUCCAUUCCGCCCAGGUUCCCGGAUGUGGCGGUGGAUCCCGGCAGAAAGUUAAACUCCCCCGCGGUCGUGGACAGAGGGACGUCCAAUCAGAAGCCUGCGCUUUCUUCUAGAACAAGUGUGAUCUGGCCGUCGGAUGUGGCCAGGCUGUGUCUCUCAGACCGCUUCAGGAGCUUGACGCAAAUGGAUUAUGGCGAGCCCUCCAGCAAGAGGCUAAAGCCCGCGGAGCCUCUCCAGGGCGCUGGAAGGAUUGGGGAUGAGUUCAGUCGACUCGUGCCCUCAGGCAGGAAUGUGAAAAGCGUACUGCAAGGGAAUCUACCCUUUGCUCCUGUCAGGGUGGCUCCGUCAGUGCCGAGCGGCAGCGGCAGCAGCGUCGAGGCAGACUGGAACGUCAUCAACCUCCUGCGCUCCUACACUCCCAGCGACCUGGCCCCGCUCUACCAGCCUGUUGUGGCAGGCUCGGCUCACACUCCUGGGAAUUCACCCAGCGUCGGGAGCAGGCCCUUGGUCUUACCUCAUUACUCAGCUAGCAUCAGUCAGAGGAGAAGUCACCAGAGCUCGCUGCCUAACAGCCGGCCGGCUCCUCCCGACGCCAGCUCUUAGAACUUGGCACUGGUUUGAAAUAUUUGGAUAGAAUCACUGCACCAGCUCCAACCACGGGAAAUACUACUGGAAGAAAGGUUUAAUAUAUUGACGAACGAGACACAAGGACGUGCCCUUGAUGCAUGUUCACUCCUCCAGACACUACUUAACUACUAUAAAAAAACAAAACAAAAAAAAAAACAAACAAAAAAAGAAGAAGAAGAAGAAGGGACAGACACGUUACUGUUACUGGUAGACGUGGAGGGGGAGCCAUUCGUCUGUUAUCUCGGCCUUGGCCAGGAGAAAGAAGCAGAGCGAGAAGACUGACUUGGGAUCAGGCCUUGAACAGUGUUGUCAUGUGUUUUUUCAUGUGUCAUAAUGUUCCAUUAUGUCAACAGCUUACAGACGCGGUACUGCACUUAACACAAAACACACAAAAAAAAACACACGAACUUUAAGAUUAUGCACUCCACACAGCUUACACCAUACAGCCGUUGAAUGCAUUUGUAUCAACUGCUUUCAGGAUCGCUUUCAGAUGCUUUAGGGAGGAAGGGAGGGAGGGAGGGAGAGAGGGAGGGAAGGAAGGGGGUCAGUGUACUGUUUUCAAUUAAAGUUUCUGACCGUUUGAGGCUAAAUGCGUAAAUUUGACGAAAAUUUGAUGUAAAACUUGAUUAAAUUGUAUUAAUUGUUUUCCCUUUAGUAUAAGUUUUCUACUUUUUCAUUUUUCAUUCCAGACAAACGAACAAAGCACAAUACAUUUAAUAUGAAAAUUAAAUGAAAAAAGCACUGCUAGCAAGCAAUUUAUCUAAAAAGUAAAAAAGUGCCAUUCUAGUCCUAUAUUUCUAAUCAUAAACUUAAACAGUGCAAUUUUAGUCAUAAAUUUACCUCAGUCUCAAAGUAUCGUUUUCAUUUCUGCCUCUAAGUUUCAGAGAAUAUGAAACAAACAAACAACAAAAAACACAUCUUUAAUCAAUUCUCUAAUAAUUAAUUCUCUCUUUUUUUGUAUCUUCUAACAUAAGUAGGUUGGAUCAUCAGAUCACAGGAGAAAAUAAAAAAAAAGUAAAUAUAUAUAUUUUUUCAUCAUCUUCAUCAAAUCAUCCGUUUCUUAUUUUACUAUAAAUUACUAUAAUUUAGUUUUACACCCAAUUUUCCUUUUUUUUUUUUUUUUCCUUUUUUUUUUUUUUUUUUUGUUUAAACGUAUCCUCAAUCGGUCAGAAACUUGAACUGUUGAACUGUUAAAAUGUUGAAACUUGAAAUAUAAAUAUAUAGCGCUGAUCGAGGGGGGGUCUUGCAUCGAUCUUAAUGCCUAACACAAUACAAAAGUGCCUGUUGUAUACUUGAUCGGAAUGCUGUUACACACAAAGGUAGCACAGACCAAAUAAUAAAUAAAUAAAAAAAUAGGGGAACUUGACUCGACUUGUUCGAAACCGAUAAAGUAUGUUUUUUUUUGUAAAGACAUUUCUAUUACAAUUUACGAUUUACAAUUUACGGUUUACGCUGUUGAGUGAAAACAAGGGUCUACUCUUCUACUCUUAAUGCCAUGCAGCUUUCGGAGAGUUUUACGUUAUUCCUGUUGGUGCAGAGGAGCGAGAGCUGCUGCUGCAGCUGCUGCUGCUGUGUAGUAUUGUCUCGGGACUGAGACGCAUGAAGCAAUGGUGAUGUACUGUGUACUUCUGUACUUUUUUUUCCUUCUUUUUUUUAUUUUUAAUUUUUUUGUAUUUUUUGUUUAUUUGAUUGAUUUGGGCCUCUGUUUGAUGCAGGUUUUGCAUAGAGCCUCUUUACUGUGACAAAAUAAAAACCCGAUAUGCCAUCCUCCUCAGGAUGACCUCAGAUGGACGUUAUAUAACUGUGACAUAGUCCUUUGUUUUAGUUGUGUGAUGAUGAUGAUGAUUAAAACAACUCCCUGUAGAAGAGGGCGUUCUUUUUCGGUUUACUGUUACAAUAUUCACACAAUAUCUGAAUGUUUACUUUGUUGUAUUGUUUUUUUUUGUUUGUUUGUUUUUUAUUCUCUAAUGUUAUUAUUAGUUGUAGUUAAUAUUGUUGUUGUUAUUGUUAUUAUUAUCCAUAUUUCUUUUGCAGAAUCAUGUCAGGAUGUGUAUUUAUUUCCUAGCCGACGUCGUCUCGCUCCGCCUGUGGAGGUUUGUGGAUGCUUGUGUGGCAAAAAUGAUGGGAUGAGCUGUAAAAGGGCAUCACUAGAGCUGUGGUCUGACUGUGGCUUUAUCUACUGACCUGUCUGAUGUGGUCUGCUUUUUUCUUUUUCUUUUUUUUAUAUAUAUAUAUUUUUUUCCAUAAACUACCUUCUCUCCACCUUUUUUUUUUUUUUUUUAAGGAUGUGUGAAUUCUCUGCAUCUCAUUUGUUAACUUAUUUGCUUAUAUAUAUUUAAGGGGCUCAGUCGUGACUUUUGUCAGAAACUCUUCCUGAUAUAAACUUGAAAAAGGUUCUUAUUGGUUUUUCUUGUGCUGUUCCACUGGAAGACAAGGCAGGAGAGUCGCUUCUUUCCCUUCCCUUAUUUUUUUUGUUCAGCCGCUGUUUAAAACUGAGAGAGAGAAUUUGUUGUUGUCGAUAUUUAACAUUCUGGACACUUCAGUGGUUCAGAGUAGUCGUAAUGAUUAUGUGCAUUGAGUCUGCGUGCAUUGAGUGAGUUCUCUCACUGGUAACUCUUCACUUUUUUUGUGUAUUUUUUUUUUAUUUCAAUAGUAUAGUUUUUUUUUGUUUUUGCUUAGAUAAGUUUGGAAAAUGGAGUUUACACCGAUGUGUGCUCUGUGUAAAUAUGUAUUUGUUUCGAUUUCUUCCUUCCCCAUAAUAAUGUGUUUAUUUUUAUUUUUCUGCACUUUUCACAAAAUGUUCUCCCUUUUUAUUAUUUUUUUUUCCUUUUUUUUUUUUUUGUGAAUUUAUUAUAUUCAGCAUUGGAUCUCAGGCCCAGUAGGACUUUUACGCGCUGCAGGAAGCAGGGUAUGAAACACAAACUGUGCAGAGUAUGGAGUCCGUGAGAUUUCAGAAAGAAAGAAACUCAUUUUUUGGGCCUACAGGGACCAACGCAGCAACAAACCACUCCACCCACGAGAAUUUAACAGUGUUCAGACGUGCAUUCUGGUCUUCAGAUUUCUAUUUGGUUCUUGAACUUUUCUAACCAUGUUGUCAAACUGAGACCAAGUGUAUUUUCAGGCUGUUCAGUUGCGAAAUAAAGCAGUUGUGUGUA